UAACCCUCUCACUCUUCCCACUUCCAAAAUCAAAAACCACACAUUCAUUUCUUAUGGCGCCAAGAAAGACCGCAACACCGUCUUCCACACGCUCUCCGAUCCCAAUCGGUAAUUGCGAGGUCACAGUGGAAGCAGGUAAUUUCAGUUGCCAGUCGGACCCCAACACCCUCCAAAUCUCCGUUUCCAGGAGCGCCAAAAUCAGCAUCUCAGUGAGGAAAGAGAUGGAGAGAAAUAAUGAUAGUAUUGCGGCAUAUGAAACAUUUCUAGUUGGUAAUCCUUCGUUCGUGGUUGUUAAUCCCAAAGAUGCCGAUAGCUGUCAAAAAUCUUAUCUCCAGGAAGUACUAAAGAUGUAUAUUAGGGAACUUCCUGCAAUGAAUUUUGCUGCCAAUACUGGAAAGCAAUCAAUGUUUCUAGAAAGAUGCGUUACAAAUGGGAAAUAUUGCACUUUGCUUUUGAAAUCGCAAUCCGUGGGAGAUUCUGAAGAGGUUAUAGCUGCAAUCACUUACCAAAUAGUUCCUGCUGAUACACAGUAUGCUGAGAUUCCUCUUGCUGCUGUCAGUUCAAUUUACCAGCACAAGGGAUUUGGUAGCUGCUUGUUCAUGGAGCUGAGAAAGAGACUUCAAAGUGUUGGUAUAUGUACAAUAUUCUGUUGGGGAGACAAGGAUUCUGAAGGAUUUUGGCUUAAACAGGGGUUUGUAUCAAUAGCAGAGGUGGAUACCAAGGGUAAAUGCCGCAGGAUACCUAUUAAAGCUGACAUUCGUCGAGCAUUAUGCUUUCCUGGUGGUUCAACCCUCAUGGUUUUACAUCUUAACCAGGAUGUUUCCUCAAAUACUGCAGAAUCUUUGAAGUUGGGCAUUUUAUUGAAGCCUAAUGGAAAGUCAUCUACUGCUUCGGAAAACCAACUGCCGGGAUUUUCUAAAGGGAAUUACACUACUCUGAAUACAGAAAAUCAAAUGUCUUUAAGAAGUGAAAAUUGUCAGCCUGAAAAUUUGGUAAAUGGACUUCCAAGAGAAGAUAAAGGUUCUCAGUGUCGGGAAACAAUGCAGUGUAUCAGGGAUCCAGUUCAUCUCUUCAGAGAGGACUCCAGCAAGUUCGUCAGUGCAGCAGAGGUAUUCACUAGUGGCGUUGAUGCUGAUGUAAGGCACUGUUCUUGCUCCAAACAAGUUUCAUGUGCAAAGAGAAAGGUCUGGGAAGCUUCAAUGUCAUCAUUGAAGUCAAAGAAAGUAAAGGGAAGCCAUCAAGUUGGCUGCCAAUCUGAGUCUAACUUCAGUUUAGUUUCAGAAACUGAUGGAAGUGAUUCUUGUCUACGAGGGUGCUCCUUUGUUUCUUACAAAGACAAACCUUUAGUUGCAGAUCCUCCUAGAGAUCUUUUGGGUAGUAGUUACAAGGAAAAAAAUGCUGAAGAAUGUGGACCCGUUAAUAUUACAUCAGAAACUUUAGUCAGGAAGGAAUUUCAGACACAGAGAGAAUUCUUUAAAAUCAUGUUGAUGAAUAUUGCUGAUGAUACCAAGAAAGCAAAUCUCACAAAGGUAAUUGAGGACCUUGGUGGUGCUAUUACGUCUGAUGGAAGCACAAGCACACAUGUUGUCACGGGGAAAGUGAGAACAACUUUGAAUUUUUGUACUGCUCUUUGUUCAGGAGCUUGGAUAGUUUCUCCCAGCUGGUUGAAAGAAAGCUUUCGUCAAGGAAGAUAUGUGGAUGAAUCAUCUUACAUAUUAGAUGAUAAAGAAUAUGUGCUCAAAUAUAAAACUGAGUUAAGAGGUGCAGUUCUCAGAGCAAAAGCAAGUCCCCAAGGCUUGCUUAAAGGCUACGAUGUAUGCAUAGCAGCUCAUGUUCAACCCACUGCUAGGAUGUUAUCUUCCAUUGUCAGGUCUGCUGGAGGAAAUAUUAUUAGUGAAUUGGAGAAAGUAAAUGAAGCUUCAAAAACAAUCUUUGUGGCAUGCGAAGAAGACAUGGAAGAAGUAUUGUUGGCUGUAAAGAAGGGGGUAUGGACAUUUAGCAGUGAUUGGCUUAUGAACUGUGUCAUGGGACAAGAGCUUGACUUGGAGGCUCCCCAGUUUGCCGAGUCCCUUUGAUGAACUCAUAUGCAUGGUGUGGAUAUCUCUAGUGAAUGUAAAUAUCUCAUAACAGUAAAUUAAAAUAUAUUCUAGAA